AUGGAGUUCCCUGUGGACGGCCUGGCCAGCGUGACCCAAGAGGUCCUGGAGAGAUCAGCCCAGGACUACAUGAACAGCAUCCUCCACAGCAAUCCAGACUCACCUGCACAUCUCACCCUCGCCAACAACACACAGGUGCCCAUUGGGCUUUCCAAUGUGGGUUUCGUCCCUCUGUAUGGAGCCGACCUGAGACAGAAAGUCCUCGCCCUGUUCUCCCCACAGGACCAGUUUACAGCGGUGGGGCUGUACUUGUUGGAUCGAUGGUGGUCACUGGAGGACAUCCUAAAAACAGCAGACCCUGCCAGAGAUGGAUGUGUGGAGGUGGAGACUCUAGGGGAGAGGAUAGUCCUGUACAUUUUGAAUCGUGUGGUGUACAGAGCCAUGGAAAUGAGUUCAGACGAACUACCUUUCCUCUGCCACGGGGAGAGCGACAACGCCAAGAUCCUCUGGAAAGACGGACAGGCAGUCGGCUUCUACUCAGUCAAACCUUCAGGCAGCUUGUGCAGUACCUUCUUAACCCAGUGCUAUCAGCUUCCUAUCAUGGACUCCAUAUUCGUCAGGAAGUGUCACCGUGACAACGGCCUGGGCCUUCAAAUGCUGGAGAACUUUGUUGAAUGUUUCAAAGAGGACUGCCUUGGGUUGAGAUACCCCCUUUCAAAAGUUAUGUACAAAGUGUGUGGGAAGUACCUGAGCCUGUACCCGGCCGACAGAGACCUGCUGUGGGAGGUGGAGAGUGUUGGAAGACCCAGCCAGAGGACUAACAUAGCCAACAAGAUCCAGGCUAUGGGUCUGAGCUCCUUAUCCAAGUACCUCCCCUUUACGGAGCACUCUGUGGCGAACCGUGUGGGGGCUGAAAAUGAGGGGGUAAUGGAGAAAGUGACAUCACGCAUACAGGAAGCCAUGGAGUACACUGUUGAAAUUGUGCGUUUCACCUCCUAA